AUGGGCACUUUACUUCCAGAACAAGGCAAAGAACCUCAUUUUGCCCAGUUAUACAUAUACGACACGGCAAAUGAAAGGAACAACCGUAUAAAUGCUGUGAGGGGUAGUGGUGACCAAGAUGACAUUCAUGUAGAAAUAGUGAAUGUCAUUCAGAAAGACCUGGAUGAAAAUAAUGUCUUGGUUAAGUCUUUUCGCAUGGCUAUGUCUGAGUUGGAUAUUAAUCCAUGCGCCGAAGUAAAAAUAAAGUUGUUGGGAAAACGAACUAGAGAUGCGAGGACAUAUAAUCUGCCUCAAGUUUCUGAAGUAGCAGCUUUAAUUGUUGGAGAUCUGGAUACAAGUAUUGGAGAGCGUGAUAUUAUUGUUCAAUCGAAGGGUGGCCACCUACAGAGGAUUACUGAAUUAAAUCCUUCAUACUUACCACUGCAAUACCCUAUUUUGUUUCCAUAUGGCGAAGAUGGUUAUCGGGAGGACAUUGCAUUCGCCGACGUAGUAGGCAGGCGCUCUUCUGGUGGUAGACAGAGGAUUAGCCCCAGGGAGUUUUUUUGCUACCGCAUACAAUCUAGACAGUCAGCUCCGAGUACCAUAUUAUUUGCCAAACGGUUGUUCCAACAGUUCGUUGUAGAUGGCUACACAAUGGUUGAGUCUGGAAGACUAAUUUAUAUAAGGACACACCAAAAAAGCCUAAGGUGUGAGAGUUAUAGUGGAUUGACUGAUGCUUUGACGAGGGGUGAAAUAAGUCCUGCAGCCAAGUGGCCUGAGGUGCAACGCUUUUUAAAAGAUCAAAGGUUGAAGCCAGAAGACCGGCCGGACAUAAUUUGCCGCUUAUUCAAGAUUAAGUUGGAUGCUUUGAUAGCUGACUGUCGAAAGAAUCAACUAUUUGGCCCUGUGGCUGGAGAGAUUCCGGAUGAAAAGAAAGAUGCUGAGUAUUACCAAGCGGUAGAGGAAUUUAUGAUGCAUGGUCCAUGUGGAAAAGCGAGGACAAAUUCUCCAUGCAUGGUAAAUGCGCGAUGCUCUAAACAUUUUCCUAAGAGAUUUGUUGAUAGUUCUACGUUUGAUGACGAUGGUUACCCGGUAUAUAGAAGGAGAGACAAUGGCAGUGUAGUUACAAAGAACGGUAUCGCCUUGGACAACAGGUAUGUGGUACCGCACAAUAGAUAUUUAUUGCUCAAGUACAAGGCUCAUAUAAAUGUCGAGUGGUGCAACCAAUCAAGGUCAAUCAAGUACCUGUUCAAGUAUGUUAACAAGGGUCAUGAUCGAGUAACAGCCGAAUUUUACAAAACAGGCAAUGAUGACGAGAAUGGCAAAGCAGUAGAUGAGAUAAAUAUGUACUAUGACUGUAGGUACAUAUCCCCGUGUGAAGCGGUCUGGCGUCUGUUUGGUUUUGAUAUACAACUUCGUGCGCCUUCGGUAGAGAGGUUAAGCUUUCACCUACCUAAUCAACAGAGUGUGAUAUUUGCAGAUGAUGAUGCGGUUGAGAACAUUGUGAAUAGACCUACGAUAGCACAGAGCAUGUUUUUAGAAUGGUUUGAAGCUAAUAAAACAUACCCCGGUGCCAGAGAGCUUACUUAUGUUGAGAUGCCAACAAGAUUCGUUUGGAAGAAAGACCUUAGAAAAUGGCAGCCACGAAAGAAAGGGUUCUCCAUAGGACUCCGCGGCCCUAAAAGUUACGAAGAUAUUAGGACUGUAAAUGGAGUACAAUAUGACUCAUUCCGAGAUGCGUGUUAUGCAAGAGGUUUAGUUGAUGAUGACAACGAAUAUGUUGAUGCAAUAGAUGAAGCCAGUCAUUGGGCGUCAGCGGAACAAUUGAGGAGAUUGUUUGUGACAUUACUAAUGAGCAGUUGCAUGGGAAAACCGGAAAUAGUUUGGCACGCCGUUUGGCAACAUCUAUCAGACGAUGCCCAAUUCAAUAUCCGUACACAACUGCAGAACAGAGAGUUUGUGUUGACCGAUUCGCAGAAAAUGAACUUUGCUUUAGUUCAGAUUGAAAAGCUAUUAUCUAAUCAUGAACAAGAGAAAGAGAAUCAAGAAUUGGUAAGGCAGUUAACAGACGAACAAAGGGCAAUAUACAAUGAAGUGUUAACUGACGUCGAUUGCCAGCAAGGUGGGUUAUUCUUCGUAUCUGGUUAUGGAGGACAGCGGCAUAGCUUCGCUGUUAUUACCUGGUGGUCGUACGGCGCAUUCCAGAUUUGCUAUACGAUAUCUGUUAAUGAAGAUUCCACGUGCAACAUAAGGAACGGCAGUGAACUGGCGGAACUUCUUGUGCAAACAAAGCUGAUAAUAUGGGACGAAGCCCCAAUGAUGCAUAAAUUCUGCUUUGAAGCUUUGGAUCGAACUAUGCGGGAUUUGAUGCGCUUCGUAAAUCCAAGGAGUUCUGAUAUGACAUUCGGUGGCAAAACAGUUGUUUUGGGUGGCGAUUUCAGGCAAAUUUUACCAGUCAUUCCCAAGGGUACUAGACCGGAUAUAGUUCGUGCGAGCAUUAGCUCAUCCUAUCUAUGGCAAUCCUGUAAAGUCUUGAGGCUGACUAAGAAUCUACGCUUGAAAAGUGUUCAAUCAGAAUCCGAGUGCAAGGAGAUCGAGGAAUUUGCUAAAUGGAUAGCUAAUAUAGGUGACGGAAUGAUUGGGUGUCAACUGGAUGGGGAGUCAGAGAUUACUAUUCCAGAAGAUUUGUUGUUAAAGUGCGAAGAUGACCCUAUUGCUACAAUUGUUGAUAGCACUUUCCCCAAUUUCCGACUGGGACUUGCCGAUUUGUCAUAUCUUAAUCAUAGUGCAAUUUUAGCUCCAACAUUGGAUGUGGUAGAUGCCGUUAACCAAUACAUGAAUGACCAUAAUCCCGCUGAGAGUAAGACAUACCUGAGUUGUGAUUCUGUGUGUAAGUCAGAUGCCAAUGUGGACAUGUUAGCGGAUUUGCACACUCCGGAAUUCUUGAAUGCAUUGAGAUGUUCUGGAGUCCCAAAUCAUGCGUUGACAUUGAAAGUUGGAUCACCUGUUAUGCUGUUGCGAAAUAUUGAUCACACAUUAGGAUUAUGCAACGGUACAAGGUUGAUUGUUACAAGGUUGGCUGACCAUGUGUUGGAAGGCCAAAUCAUGUGCGGUACAAAUGCAGGAACCAGAGUUGAUUCCUAG